AUGUCAAAGAAGAGAACAUUGCCAGCAUCUAAAGCUGUUGCUGCUGCUGCUGUUCUUGCAACAACAACAUCAAAGACAUCGUCAGGUGUUAAAUCAAAGAGAAGCACUACUACUACGACUUCAACGACAAAGACUACGACUAAGAAUAUAGAGAAUGAUAACAACAGCAGCACUAACAAGGUCACAAAGAAGAAGCUGAAGUUGGACAAUAAUAUAACUCAUAAUAUCGAACUUAUAAACAAUAAUAAUGAUGAUGAUGUUGUUGAUGAUGUUGAUAAUGUUGAUAUCAUUGAUAACAACAACAAUACAGUAGUGAACAAUGACAUCAUAGUGGAUAAUGACAACAAUGUGAAUAAUAAUAACAACAAAGAUACAGUAGAAGAUAAAGAUGUUAACCAAUCAGAUAGCAAGGCUGCCUGGGUGGAUGAAGACGACGACGAAGAAUAUGAGAAGAAGAAACUGCUCAAUAUGGAAGUGCUUCCUACAUGGGCGGUUUCAAAAGACAAGGAGACAACGGUCGAUGGCCAAGUCAAUGAGGAUCAAGAUCUUGAGAACAAGGCAUUUGGAACAGAUAGUCGUAUUGGAAGAAGCAGAGAGGAUAAUUAUUUGAACCUACAUCUUACAUCUACAAAGUCUGCUGGUUGCCACAUCUCCAACAUCGAUCUCAAUCCAGAAUCAAACAUAUUACUUACUGUCCAAACGAAUGGAAUAUCUAUGUUCUCGACAUUCGACUUGGCCAAACCAAUGUUCACAACAGUACUCAAGGGCUUUGGAUGCACAAGUGGAAAGAUGUUGACCAAUAGCAAGGAGUGCGUGAUCAUUGGACACAAGCCAUUCUUCUUUACAUUCAACACAGAGACAUUGGCAUUGAAGAAGCAUCAGCUGCGUAUGGGUGGAAACAAACUGGGUCUGCUGGCAGUGUCCGAGGAGCACUUUGCCAUCAGCGACGCACUUUGCAAGAUCAGCAUCAUGUCGUGCCGCACCAAGACGGUGGUGCGUGAGUUCCAGCUGGGCCAGAGCUCGAUCGCAUCCAUGCAGUUCUCGCCCACGGGCGAGCACCUAUACAUCGUGUCCGAGGGACACCUCACAUGCUACAGCGUCAAGCUCUGGCGUAUCGUCCACCGCUUCAAGGACGAGGGCAACCUGGGCACCAAGGCAAUCACGAGUUUUGCCCUGUCGCCCAACGGCACCUAUCUGGCCACGGGCUCCGAGUCGGGCAUGAUCAACAUAUACAACACCAAGCAGUGUUUCGAGAGCGCAAGCCCAUCGCCGCUCAAGGUAAUACGAUCGGUUCUGUACCCCAUCACGACGCUCGUGUAUGACGCGCGCUCCAAGUACCUGCUGGCGGCGUCGGCACACGAGGAUGGCAUCGUUCGUCUAAUCAGUCAUCCAGAGUUUGCAAUGGUCGACUGGGGCAAGGACAACACUGUCAAGAUGAAGACCACCAUGGCCAAAGUGACCUCUGGUGUCUUUUCAAAGGGCACAGUAUUGUAUCUCUCCAACACUCAAGGCUCUAUUAUCAAGGUGAAGGGUUUCCCCAAGUUGUAG